CAUAAGUUGACUGCAAAGAUCUCUCAACGCAACCGCACAACAUCAUGACGCCAAGUCCACGAGCAGCCUCUGCAGGUUCAUCCUCGCGGGGCCACAACGGUCUUGAUCGUGUAGAUCGUCGCAACUCGACGGCGGCUGUCAACAAGAGGCAGUAUCAGAAACAGCGAACGCAGCGCGCCACAUAUGCCUGUCAGCGAUGUCGAUUCAAAAAGCUUCGAUGUACGGGUGGCCACCCUUGCAGCGCCUGUCGCCGAGCUGAGAUCGACUGCGACUUUGGCGAUCGAGGAUUGGAUUGGCAGCAGAGUAUCUCCAUUACAAACCAGCGACUCUUGCAAAUCGAGAAGACUGUCAUGGAAUUGCUGUCCAGUCAGAGCGAUCUGAACCAUCCACAACAAGCAGCGCCCCCGCAGUCACCUUUUCCACAUGCAGGACAAACUGUCUCAGUCACAUCAGCUAAUUUCGCAGAUUCCUUUCACCGUGACACUGCAUCUGGGCGGGCAAUUAAUGUGCAUGAAGUCAACGGCCCUUCUCCUCAGAUCACACAAACCGCGGGGCCUCCAGAUUCAUCGUUUCCCCUGCGCAGUCCAAUAUGGCUCGGCCCACUCAAAGCCAAGGGACAAGUGCGACACUGGAACGUAUGUGCACCUCGCCGUUCCACCCUGGAGACUCAGAGGGACUCGAUUCACGCUGGGCCGCCCUGCAGAACAAUUCAGCUCCGUUCCCCCGUUAAUGGCCCACCCAACUGUGUGGUCAGGGGAGCCAGCAAAGACCAUUUCCGGCGGAGAUUCGAAUGCUCAAUUCGCUCUCGGCAUGACACACUACGAAGCCAAGGUUGACUUACAGAGCGAACCAGUUUCGGGGGAAUUGUCGAUAAGCGGGUGGCAAGAGCGCUCUUCUCCUUGUAGGUUCUGGGUUGCUCGAUUCGAUCCAUCAGGCCACAGCGGACUCAUCGAGAGAUAACCCAGGUUCUUCCAGAAAUGUCACCCAUUAUUUCCGCUACUUGAGCCAUGCAAGGACAUGGACAGACAUUCCGAGCAUACCCG